CUUGAAGGUGCCAAGGGUGAAAAGCCAAAAGAAGGGCCACCGGCAAGUGUUGAUUGGCAAUAUGGGGAGCAAUUUGUUGAUUUCUUGAGACCAUUUUAUGAAAUCACUUUGAAGGUAUGUUGUUCUAAUUCUCCUACCGUUCAUAGUACUUUUGGUGAUAUACUCUCUAUUUAUGGUCUCUUGCAAGAACAAAAGAAUCCAUGUUUGUCUGAGAUUGCAUCACCCAUGCAAGACAAGUUUCUCAAGUAUUGGGGUAGCUUUGAUAAGUUGAAUCAUUAUCUAUUCAUUGCUAUUGUUCUUGAUCCACGUCAUAAACUUGAGAAAGUUGUUGACUAUUUUGAGAUUCUUGAUUAUGGGGAUAUGGAUGAAAAGGUGGAAGCUAACACAAAGAGUGUGAAGGAUCUUUUGUAUGACCUUUACAAGGUGUAUAAGGAAGAGGGAAGGGAAAGUGGUGUUAGUGAGGUUGGUGGUUCUCAAGUAUCAAGUGAGGCUCAAUCUAGUUCAACUAAGGGUCUAACGGAGUUAGAAAAGAGAUUGAAAGAGAAUGAGCAAAGGAGAAGAGCAAAGAAAGCCGAGAUCGUAAACAACGAUGUGGAUAGAUAUCUUAGAGAUCCUAUUGAAGGAGAUGGUGAAGGCUUUGACUUGUUGAAUUGGUGGAGGGUGAAUGGAGUUUGCUAAUAUCCUAUAUUGGCCCGCAUUGCAAAGGAUGUUCUAGCUAUUCCGGUGUCAACCAUAGCUUCGGAAUCUUCCUUUAGCACGAGUGGGAGGAUUAUUGAUCCAUACCAUAGCUCCCUAAGUCCUAGAAUGGUGGAGGCUUUGAUAUGCACACAAAAUUGGCUUAGGAGUGAAAAUGUGUAUCUACAUCAUAUGCCUACUGUUGAAGAGAUGGAGUUGUGUGAAGAAGCAGAAAGAGAGAUGCUUAAGAUGCCAUGUGGAGCUGCAGUGGGGAGUAGUCGGAGCGGAAUGUUACCUCCAAAGUCGAAGGCUUCAUCUUUCCGAGCUUGAGAUCAUGUCAUUGCUCUCCUUCAUAUGUAGAUGUUGGUUCAUUCUUUUUGUGAUGUUUAAUCAUUUAGUGAACUUACACAUU